ACACCUCCUCCACCUUUAUCCUUACGAUGCCUCCCUAAGCUUCAACAGCCUACAAAUUUUUGUAGGGGAGACGAGCAGAGCAAAGAAAGGGGAGAUGGCCAGCUGCACAAUCCACACCGCUCCUUAUUCCUGCUCUAUAUCAAGGCCAGCUGCUAAGGCCUUCAGCUUGGGCUUCCACCAGAGGCAUCAGCAGCUCAUCUUCUUCGGCAGCGGAAGGAGGAGUGCAGUGGUGUGCUCUGCUGAGAAGACAGUGGUGAUAGGGCUGGCAGCCGACUCAGGGUGUGGUAAGAGCACCUUUAUGAGGAGGCUGACAAGUGUGUUUGGGGGAGCAGCAGAGCCACCCAGGGGAGGGAAUCCAGACUCCAAUACCUUGAUCAGCGACACCACCACUGUGAUAUGCCUUGACGACUACCACUCCCUGGACAGGACAGGAAGGAAGGAGAAGGGGGUGACUGCACUGGACCCGAGGGCCAACGACUUCGACCUCAUGUAUGAGCAGGUGAAGGCGAUCAAGGAUGGAGUGGCCGUGGAGAAGCCCAUCUACAACCAUGUCACUGGUCUGCUCGACCCCCCUGAGCUCAUCAAGCCACCCAAGAUCCUGGUCAUUGAAGGAUUGCACCCUAUGUACGACUCUCGUGUGAGAGAUCUCUUGGACUUCAGCAUCUACUUGGAUAUCAGUAACGAGGUCAAGUUUGCCUGGAAAAUUCAGAGAGAUAUGGCGGAACGGGGGCACAGUCUUGAAAGCAUCAAAGCUAGCAUUGAAGCUCGAAAACCCGAUUUUGAUGCUUACAUUGAUCCACAGAAGCAAUAUGCUGAUGCUGUGAUUGAAGUCCUACCGACACAGCUAAUCCCUGAUGACGACGAGGGGAAGGUGCUGCGUGUGAGGUUGAUCAUGAAGGAAGGGGUGAAGCGAUUCGCUCCCAUCUACCUCUUCGAUGAAGGCUCCACUAUCUCAUGGAUUCCUUGCGGCAGGAAACUGACUUGCUCAUACCCUGGCAUCAAGUUCUUCUAUGGCCCUGAGACUUACUUCUCCAACGAGGUUUCUGUUGUGGAGAUGGAUGGGAAGUUUGACAGGUUGGACGAGCUGAUCUAUGUGGAGAGCCAUCUCAGCAACUUAUCGACCAAGUUUUAUGGCGAGGUGACGCAGCAGAUGUUGAAGCACUCAGACUUCCCGGGCAGCAACAAUGGCACUGGACUCUUCCAAACCAUUGUUGGAUUGAAGAUUAGAGAUUUGUAUGAGCAAAUUGUUGCUGAGAGGGCAGCAGCUUCUGCUGCAGCAGCUAAAGUUUGAGUGGGUAAUCUUGGAUCAGUGUUGGAGAGGAUCAUUUCCUGCAUGGCUACUUCUCUUUGGUUUUUGUUUUCUGUAUACAUAUAAAGAAAUUAAAUGUUGCGGUUGUUCUAAACUUAAUCCGUUUAUCAGAUACUUGUAAAACAAUUUGGGAGAUUAAAGCACAAUCAACUUAUAGAACUA